AUGACCGCCUCCGCCCGCGUCCUACGCCUCCUGCCACGCCAGCUUACCAUGCCUCUUCGUUUGGCAUUCACGCCGCCGUCCAGGGCGGCGGCGCGCAGCUACUUCCUGAUGCUCCUGCAGCAGCAGCCGCACCGCUGUUGGGCGAGAGCUGCUGCUUCCUCCGCCAGCAACUCCAGCUCCAUCUGCGAGCAGUAUCCGCAAGCACUCAUCGCCGCCGCUCCGGGUCGUGGUGCUACUUGUCCCCGCGACGGAAAGGGAGACGGAGACGGGGAGGCGGCGGCGCGCGGCGGCGAGAAGGCCGCAGGCGCGCAGCAGGACGACAGCAGCUGCGCCGCCGCGCCUUCCCCGCGGGCUCCCAAGGAAAAGGAGGCGCUACGGGCGGCUGCCGCGGCGGGAAGAAACGGCCGCUCCGGCGCAACAUCCAGGCAACGCGUCCGUACGGCGAAGCCACAGCCUAAAUUAACACAAGCUAAAUCAAACCAGCACCAGCAGCCAGCGAACAGACCCACUGGUGGAGAGCUGAGCUCAGGAGUCAGGAUCCCAGUGGUGGAGAUCGACAUUGAAUAUACUCCUACAGUACUCGGCGUGAGAGUUGGUGGGCGAGUUAAUCCAUCUCAUCUUGGGGUACAGUCGUGCUCAGUUGACGCGGAUGAGAUCGACGGGAUGAGAGAUCGAGCGAGGACGACGUUUCAGUUCUAG